UUUGACAACUUUGACGUUUGACAUUUGAAAGUUGUGUCAGUUCUGCUAUCACAACAAGUAUGUGUCAAUUUUUUAUAUAAAAAUCCAGUAUUUUCAUUAGUUUUUAAUUUUUAAAAUGUGAUUGUGUAUAAGUACUUAAGAAAGUGUCAGGUAAAAAAACAUGUACUUCCCAAUCGGGUGGCCAAAGGUUAUUAAAACACCAGAAUUGGGUCAUGGGAAAAUCAAACAAAUUACGUGUAAUAGAGACAGAAUUUUGUUUGCUAUUUUGACCGAAGAAUCUUUAGCAAUAUGGUUCUGCAAGCCCUGUGUCCCUAUAGUGUAUCAGAAACGUACAAGCAAAUCCAUAGAAAAAUUUGGGACAAAUGUUUUAGCAGAAUGGAAGCCAGAUUCAAGCAUGAUAGUAGUUGCUACUUCAGAGGGCCAUCUGCUAUUCUACAAAUUAGGGGUGCCUUCUGAUCAUAAAGGGCUGUAUGUCCAGACAGAUUCUCCUCAUGCCAACUUAAGGAGAGAUAGUGCUGAGCUAUUCAUAAAAGAAACUAUACCUCCUCUGAAGUUAACUUUGAGUGACGAAGUCAUGGUAUGGGAUGGCAGAAUCUCUGGAAUGGUGUGUAUAACGAUGUCCGAACUGAUGAUAGCCACAACAAACGGUCACGUGCUCAGAUACCGCUGGGACGGUAGCCAGAAUCGAGAUUAUACCUUAGAUUUAAGACGGAUACCGUUCUGUAUCAAUCAACAGGUGUCUAAAGCGGUUCCCAUCGUCGAGGAAAACACUUACAUUGUAGAUAUCGAGUAUUCCCCGCUGGUCGGAGGAUUCUCGAUAGUUUUGAAUGAUGGCAGAGCUGCGUUUCUAACGGCUCCCACUCUGAAAUUUGAUCCUAAUCAGGUGCAGGGGAUCUGGGCGCAGGGAAUAGAAGAUGCUACAUGUACAUCGAUUAAUCAUAAGUAUAGACUGAUCACCUUCGGUCGCGUGAACUCCGAAUGCGUAGUGUACUGUGUGGAUGAAAGUACGGGUGGGUUAGAAGUAUCGCAUAACUGCGUUCUGAGCAGCAAAGAUUACCCUGGCUAUCCCGGUGCGGUGGGCAGAGUGAUAUGGACGCCCGACGGAUGCGGACUCGUAGCUAGUUGGUCCAAAGGAGGACUCGCUAUGUGGUCCACUUUUGGAGCGCUCGUCAUGUGUUCUUUAGGGUGGGAUUACGGAUUAAAUGUAGAUAUACAAAAGAAUAAUCCUUUACAGAUAGUUUCUAUGGAAUUUGCAACUGAAGGUUAUCAGUUGUGGAUGGUGCAAAAAGAUACUUCCGAACCAAGUGAUAGGAGUGAUAGUAACGGCAAUCAACUGAAUGAUAUAAACUACAAAACGAAUCUAAUACAUCUUGAUUUUAUCAAGAGUGCUCUGACUAUCAAUCCUUGCAUGAGCCAUCAGAGUCAUCUUUACCUCCAAGGAGAGGACAAACUGUACAUCAAUUCCGCAGAUACGCUGAUCCGAAUGUUUUCGGAUCGGUCUGGCAAAGAUGACGUUUUCAGCGAGAGUAUGUCCGCGUUAUCUUCAACGUUAGUCGAGGGAAGGCAAUGGCUGGUGGUUCCGGUACCAUCGACGUAUUCGGCGACGAAUUGGCCCGUCAGAUAUUCAGCAAUUGAUACCGAAGGGCUCAAUGUAGCAGUUGCAGGGAGGACUGGCUUGGCUCACUAUUCUAUGCUAUCAAGACGUUGGAAGCUGUUUGGAAACGAAACUCAGGAAAAAGAUUUUAUAGUCGCUGGGGGACUGUUGUGGUGGAGAGAUUAUGUAAUUAUGGGGUGUUACAGUAUACUAGAAAAUGGAGAUGAACUAAGGUUUUACCCAAGGGAUGCAAAGUUAGAUAACAAAUUUGCAAAAAUAGUAUCCGUGUCCGCACCGGUGCUACUCAUAAAUAUACUUCAAGACCAGCUGAUAACUUUCAGCUCAGAUGCUCAAGUGUGCGUUUGGUCGCUACAACAGAACGAUAUGGCUGGAGACGUAACCGUGACCAAACUGCAAUCGGUGGACGUGUCCGCGCUGGCCGUUCACCCAGCGUGCGUCACUUCCGUCACUCUGACGUCGGUGACGCAGCAGCAGAGAGGUCAGCAUCGAGGUCAAGCGUGCGACGGCAUGGUGCUGAACGCAGCCGGCAGAUUGGUACUGGUCAAAAGGGAGGUGAGAGAAGGAGGAGAUGGCAGAUGCUUGAUGCCGGUCGUGUUGGCCGGAUGCGUGGAAAAUGUUUGGGUGCCCGGAAAAAGGAGGGCCGAUAAGCCACACCUUACCGAAAGCUUAUGGUUAUUUUGUGGUGCUCACGGGAUGCGAGUAUGGUUACCAUUAUACCCCAGGGAUGGAGAUAAAUCGCAUACGUUUAUGAGCAAACGGAUUAUGUUGCCUUUCCAAUUGAAGAUAUACCCAUUAGCAAUACUUUUUGAGGAUGCAAUAAUAUUAGGUGCUGAAAAUGAUACAGUACUCUAUACUUCGGAUACCAAUUCACCAUUUUCGCUGCCAUUUUGUGUUUUACAAAGAACUAGCCAAGUGUACCUGCAUCAGAUUUUAAGACAAUUAAUUAGGAGAAACUUAGGAUAUCACGCUUGGGAAAUAGCUCGUAGUUGUAUGGGUUUACCUUAUUUCCCGCAUUCUUUGGAAUUGCUUUUACACGAGGUGUUAGAGGAAGAAGCAACCAGCAAGGAACCUAUUCCGGAUGCCCAGUUACCUAGUGUUAUAGAAUUUAUAAUGGAGUUUCCUGUAUAUUUACAAACCGUAGUGCAAUGCGCGCGAAAGACUGAAAUUGCACUGUGGCCGUACCUGUUUUCGGUUGCCGGCAAACCCAAAGAUCUCUUUCAGGAAUGCAUGGCUAAGGGGCAACUGGACACUGCCGCUUCUUAUCUCAUCAUUUUACAGAACCUAGAAACGUCAUCUGUCAGUAGACAGUAUGCAACAAUAUUAUUGAACACUGCCCUUGAGAAGUCGAUGUGGGAAUUAGCAAAAGACUUGGUGCGAUUUCUUAGAGCUAUUGACCCAAAAGACGUAGAAUCCGAAUCUCCUCGAGCUUCAUAUAUACUACCCCCAAAACUUACGAUGGCUCAACAAACUACUCCCGUCACCCCAAACGCCGAAGAUCUCUCGUUAAUACUGGGGAAUGUCCAAGGGCCGAGGGUGAGGAGUUAUAGCACUACAGUGUCGCCGAAACAGUUGGAAAGGUCCAAUAGUGAGAAAGUCGCCAGCGUGAUAGAGAGUCCUAAGCCAGAUAGGAAGAAAUCUGUCACUUCGGUUGGAAAUAAACAAGAAAGCAAAGGAUCUCCAAACAACACAGCUGAAGAGUUCUUCAUCGACGUCAUCCUGCAAAAGCAUGCUCGCCGACUAUUGUCAGCGCGACGCCUGACUGACCUAGGAUAUUUUGCUGCGCAUCUGGAUUUCCACCUGGUCACAUGGCUAGCCAAAGAAAGGGACAGAGCUGGCCGAAUAGAUGAUUUCGUAAAGGCGCUGAAACAGAUCCAUGAUGAUUUCAACUGGCCUUAUCCAUCGCCUGGGACAACUACUCCUAAGAAGAGUGCGUCGUCCCCAUUGGAGAGCCCCACCAGCCAAGCGAUCGAGGACCACCUGAAGUCCCUGAAACUGGACUGCUUCAAUUAUCCCAUGCCUUCCAGCAGGGUGGGGGACAGCGGGUAUAUGUCCUUCCAGGGACUGCCGUGUACGGGUCUGCUCACGCCUGUCAACACGUUAGAACAAGGACGUCACAUCGCCGAGUCCGAUGUAGAUGAUGGGGUGUCUGUGAUAGCAUUUUCUGAUAAGAGGAAAGUCGUCAAUGGGAUCGGUAGCGACUUGGACAAAAAGACAGGUGGAAGGUGAGAACGA